AGAUGGCGGCCGCGUCAGUUUGGGGCAUCUCCGCGGUCCGGCCCGAGGCCUCGGGAUCCCGGCUGUCUUCCUCCCCGAUUCUUUCUACUAAUCCAGAUACUUGUUGAAGUGCUGACUAGUUUCUUGGGGAAAGAUGUGAAGGAAGAGUUGAGAUUCAUAGACUGGUGAGCAGAGAUUGCGGAGGACAAAAUAGCCAGCACUCCUCCGGCAUAAGAUGCUUUUUUCUUUUUUUUUGGUCCCUUUUGCUGGGAAGCUGGAAAUGAGAUGUAUGGAGUUCUUACAACUUUAUGAAGAGACUGAUGUGUGGUGCUAUUGGGAAGUUUGAAGAUAUCUCAAAUAAUCAGUUGUUUUGGUUUCUAAGGUAAAAGUGGGAAGUCAUUCUAUUUUGUGAAAGGAGGAAGGACUCAGGCAAGAAAACUUGUAUGCUAUGGUUAACUGGUUCUCAGCCUCCGAGAAUCUUGUUUUCCAUUGUGUAAAACUUACUCAGCAUCAGGAUAAGGGAUAACGACUCUAUGGAUAUACAGAAUCCUUCACCAUGGUAAAACUCGCUAACCCGCUGUACACGGAGUGGAUUUUGGAGGCCAUCAAAAAAGUGAAAAAGCAGAAACAGCGACCUUCGGAAGAAAGGAUAUGCAAUGCAGUGUCUUCAUCCCAUGGCUUGGAUCGCAAGACUGUCUUGGAACAGUUGGAGUUGAGUGUUAAAGAUGGAACAAUUUUAAAGGUCUCAAACAAAGGACUCAAUUCCUAUAAAGAUCCUGAUAAUCCUGGGCGAAUAGCACUUCCUAAACCUCGAAACCAUGGGAAAUUGGAUAAUAAACAAAAUGUGGAUUGGAAUAAAUUGAUCAAGCGGGCAUUUGAGGGCUUGGCAGAGUCUGGUGGCUCAACUUUGAAAAGUAUUGAACGCUUUUUGAAAGGUCAGAAGGAUGUGUCUGCAUUAUUUGGAGGCAGUGCUGCCUCUGGCUUUCACCAGCAAUUACGAUUGGCUAUCAAGCGGGCUGUUGGCCAUGGCAGACUCCUUAAGGAUGGACCUCUGUAUCGGCUCAACACUAAAGCAGCCGGUGCUGAUGGGAAGGAGAGCUGUGAGUCUCUUUCCUGCUUACCUCCAGUGUCACUGCUUCCCCAUGAAAGAGAUAAGCCGGUUGCUGAACCAAUCCCCAUCUGCAGUUUCUGUCUUGGCACAAAAGAGCAAAACCGAGAAAAAAAGCCUGAGGCACUUGUCUCCUGCGCAGACUGCGGCAACAGUGGUCAUCCGUCUUGCUUAAAGUUUUCCCCAGAACUAACUGUUAGAGUGAAGGCCUUACGGUGGCAGUGCAUUGAGUGUAAAACAUGCAGCUCCUGUCGUGAUCAAGGCAAAAAUGCAGAUAACAUGCUCUUUUGUGAUUCAUGUGACCGAGGUUUUCACAUGGAAUGUUGUGAUCCACCACUCACACGGAUGCCCAAAGGUAUGUGGAUAUGUCAAAUAUGCCGACCUAGGAAAAAAGGACGGAAACUUCUACAAAAGAAGGCAGCACAGAUAAAACGGCGCUAUGCUAACCCAAUAGGACGUCCAAAAAACAGGUUAAAGAAACAAAACACGGUCUCAAAAGGUUCCUUCAGCAAAGUUCGGACUGGCCCUGGAAGGGGCCGGAAACGCAAAACCACUCUCUCCAGCCAAUCAGCAUCAUCAUCAGAAGAAGGUUACUUAGAGCGAAUAGAUGGUUUGGACUUUUGCAGAGAUGGCAACGCCCCCUUGAAAUUUAACAGGAAAACCAAAGGGCUCAUUGACGGCCUUACCAAAUUCUUCACCCCUUCUCCUGACGGACGGAAAGCCCGUGGGGAAGUGGUAGACUAUUCUGAGCAAUACCGAGCCAGGAAAAAGGGCAGCAGAAAAUCAAGCACCUCCGACUGGCCCACAGACAAUCAGGAUGGAUGGGAUAGCAAACAAGAAUGUGAGGAGCGACUUUUCGGGAGCCAGGAAGUCAUGACUGAGAAAGAUAUGGAAUUAUUUCGUGAUAUCCAAGAACAAGCACUUCAGAAAGUUGGAGUGACUGGCCCCCCUGACCCACAAGUCCGCUGUCCCUCUAUCAUUGAGUUUGGGAAGUAUGAAAUUCACACCUGGUACUCCUCCCCAUACCCUCAAGAAUACUCAAGGUUGCCUAAAUUGUAUCUUUGUGAGUUCUGUCUAAAAUAUAUGAAAAGUAGAACUAUUCUACAGCAGCACAUGAAGAAAUGUGGUUGGUUCCACCCUCCUGCCAAUGAGAUUUACCGAAAGAAUAAUAUUUCUGUCUUUGAGGUUGAUGGGAAUGUGAGUACCAUUUAUUGUCAAAAUUUGUGUCUCUUGGCAAAGUUGUUUCUUGACCACAAAACACUCUAUUAUGACGUGGAGCCAUUUCUUUUUUAUGUGCUGACACAGAAUGACGUCAAGGGCUGCCAUCUUGUUGGCUACUUUUCUAAAGAAAAGCACUGCCAACAGAAAUACAAUGUCUCCUGUAUAAUGAUUCUUCCCCAAUAUCAACGUAAGGGCUACGGCAGGUUUCUCAUCGAUUUCAGUUAUUUAUUGUCAAAACGUGAAGGCCAAGCAGGGUCUCCUGAGAAACCACUAUCAGAUCUAGGUCGUCUUUCCUACAUGGCUUAUUGGAAAAGUGUAAUAUUGGAGUGCCUUUAUCAUCAAAAUGACAAACAAAUCAGCAUUAAGAAAUUAAGCAAGUUAACUGGAAUCUGCCCUCAAGACAUUACUUCUACUCUCCACCGCCUGCGAAUGCUGGACUUGCGUAGUGACCAAUUUGUGAUUAUCCGCCGGGAAAAACUUAUCCAGGAUCACAUGGCAAAACUGCAGUUGAACUUGCGACCUGUGGAUGUGGAUCCAGAGUGUUUGCGCUGGACCCCAGUCAUCGUCUCUAACUCUGUUGUCUCAGAGGAGGAGGAAGAAGAUGCUGAUGAUGGAGAGAAAGAAGAGCUGCAGUGCCAGGAAAGAGAAUUAGAGAGCAGUGUAAGGACCAGAAAAGCCAUGUCUCAGGAGAGCAAAGAACAAGACCCCUAUCCUUUGGACAGUGAAAAGAAACCAGAAGUUACACCUCCAGCUGGUUCCACCCGUUCGAACAAACAGGCCCUUCCUGGGGAUAGUCUUCCUGCAAAUAGCCAGCCACCUAGGAGAGGACGCUGUGCAAGGAAGAACCGGAAGACCCAGGAACGCUUUGGUGAUAAGGAUUCCAAGCUGCUCUUGGAUGAGACAUCAUCAACUCCUCAGGAACAAUAUGGAGAAUGUGAGGAAAAGUCAGAACCCUCCCAAGAACAGUACACUGAAAGGGAAGAACAUUUGACAACCUCUCAUGUGCCGACCAGCUUGGACGGGAAGCCCGACAUUCCCAAAAGAAGAUUAAGUGAGGGCAUUGAGCUAUGGCGGGGACAGCUAAAGAAAAGCCCUGAGACCCUGAAGUGCAGAUUGCCAGAAGGAAAUGAUAGACUGCCUCGUUGCUAUAGUGAGGGGGACAGGGCUGUUCUCAGGGGUUUCAGUGAAAGCAGUGAGGAGGAAGAAGAGCCAGAGAGUCCCCGGUCAGACUCCCCUCCAGUUCUCACAAAGCCCACACUGAAGCGCAAGAAACCAAUUCUUCACCGAAGAAGAAGAGUUCGUAAGCGCAAACACCACAACAGCAGUGUAGUAACAGAAACUAUCUCUGAGACCACUGAAGUGCUAGAUGAACCUUUUGAAGACUCCGACUCUGAGAGGCCAAUGCCAAGGCUGGAGCCCACGUUCGAGAUUGACGAAGAGGAGGAGGAAGAGGAUGAGAAUGAGCUCUUCCCUAGAGUAUACUUCCAUCGCUUGUCCUCUCAGAAUGUCCUCAGGUGUCGGUCCUCUUCUAAGAGGCAGUCUAAAGAUGAGGAGGAAGAUGAGGAGUCUGAUGAUGCAGAUGACACUCCUGUCCUAAAGCCAGUAUCUUUCUUGCGAAAAUGUGAUGUGAACAGUUCCCCACUUGAGCCAGAUACAUCCACGCCUAUGAAAAAGAAAAAGGGAUGGCCCAAAGGCAAGAGUCGAAAACCCAUCCACUGGAAGAAAAGACCUGGACGUAAACCAGGAUUUAAGUUGAACCAAGAAAUUAUAGCUGUUUCUACACAAGAAUGCAUUGUUGAGCCAAUAGUCCCCAUUCUAAAACCUGGACGUAAACCCAGAACUCAAGAGCAUGAAGAAACUGCUGAGCCAAAAGAGGACUUGCCCUCACUGGAAGAAAGGAAGGAGGAGGAGAUGCAUAUGGAGGCAGAUGAGGCUGAAGAAGAGGACACAACUGGCAGUGACCUUAGAGCCACUUCUCCAGUGGACAGCAACAACAGUCCUGAUGCUGAAGUGAAGGAGCCCGAGGAGGAGGAGGAGAAAGCUUGUGUCUUAGAAGAGCAGAGGCACUCAGAGGAAGAGCCACCGGAGCUGGAAGAGCAGGAGCAGGAGGAAGAAGAUGAAGUGGCUGCAGAGGCAAACCAGAAUGAAGACCAUGAUGCAGAUGAUGAGGAUGAUGGUCAUCUGGAGUCUACCAAGACAAAGGAGCCAGAAGAGCAGCCAGUGAAAGACAGCAAGGAGGAGCUUAGUACUCAGGAAUCUUUUUUAGACGCUAGCAUGCAGAACAGCACGGAGAAUAUGAAGGAUAAAGAUGAAACUGAACUGGAUUCUGAAGAGGAACAGCCUUCCCAUGAGACAUCCGUGUUGUCAGAGCACAUGCCAGGGUCUGAAGAUGAUCACGAGGAAGACUCGAACACGAAGGAAGAGUUAAUUGAGCUCAAGGAGGAGGAAGAGAUUCCACAUAGUGAACUGGACCUAGAAACUGUACAGGCAGUGCAGUCUUUGACUCAAGAAGAAAGUGGGGAGCAUGAGGGCGCCUACCAGGACUGUGAAGAAACUCUUGCGGCGUGCCAGACCCUGCAGAGUUACACCCAGGCAGAAGAGGACCCUCAGAUGUCAAUGGUUGAAGACUGUCACACUUCAGAUCAUAACAGCCCAAUAUCCUCUGUUCCAUCUCACCCUAGCCAAUCAGUUCGCUCAGUCAGCAGCCCCAACGUGCCUGCCCUAGAGAGUGGCUACACGCAGAUCAGCCCGGAACAAGGAUCCCUGUCCGCACCUUCUAUGCAGAACAUGGAGACCAGCCCCAUGAUGGAUGUGCCUUCCGUAUCAGAUCACUCUCAGCAGGUGGUCGACAGUGGCUUCAGUGAUCUGGGCAGCAUCGAGAGCACCACAGAGAACUACGAGAACCCGAGCAGCUAUGAUUCCACUAUGGGGAGCAGCAUUUGUGGGAAUAACUCCUCCCAGAGCAGCUGCUCCUAUGGUGGGUUGUCGUCCUCGAGCAGCCUUACCCAGAACAGUUGUGUCGUCACUCAGCAAAUGGCAAGCAUAGGCAGUAGCUGCAGCAUGCUGCAACAGAACCCUGUCCAGCCUGCUACCAACUGCAAUAUCAAGUCACCUCAGACCUGUGUGGUGGAGAGGCCUCCCAGUAACCAGCAGCAGCCGCCGCCACCGCCACCACCGCCACCACAACAGCAGCAGCAGCAGCAGCAACCAGCACCACAGCCUCCCCAGCCUCAGCCACAGCCACAGCAGCAGCCACCGCCACCGCCACAGUCACAGCAGCCACCACCACCACAGCCGCAGCAGCCUCAGCCCCCUCCCCCGCCCCAGCAGCAGCCCCCUCUGUCACAGUGUAGUAUGAACAACAGUUUCACUGCAGCCCCGAUGAUCAUGGAGAUACCAGAAUCUGGAAGCACUGGGAACAUAAGUAUCUACGAGAGGAUUCCGGGGGAUUUUGGUGCUGGCAGCUACUCCCAACCGUCAGCCACCUUCAGUCUCGCUAAGUUGCAGCAACUGACUAACACCAUUAUGGACCCUCAUGCCAUGCCUUAUAGCCAUUCUCCUGCUGUGACUUCCUAUGCAACCAGUGUUUCUCUGUCUAACACGGGACUGGCUCAGCUAGCUCCAUCUCAUCCCUUAGCUGGGACUCCUCAAGCACAAGCAACCAUGACACCGCCCCCCAACUUGGCAUCUACUACCAUGAACCUCACGUCACCUCUGUUGCAGUGCAACAUGUCUGCCACCAACAUCGGCAUUCCUCACACUCAGAGGUUGCAAGGGCAGAUGCCAGUCAAGGGGCAUAUUUCCAUCCGUUCCAAGUCUGCACCCUUGCCCUCUGCAGCUGCACACCAGCAGCAGCUGUAUGGCCGCAGCCCACCAACGGUUGCCAUGCAAACUGGCCCUCGUGCAUUGGCUGUGCAGCGUGGUAUGAACAUGGGGGUUAAUUUAAUGCCAACUCCUGCCUAUAAUGUCAAUUCCAUGAAUAUGAACACCUUGAAUGCCAUGAACAGCUAUCGAAUGACACAGCCUAUGAUGAACAGCAGUUACCAUAGUAACCCUGCCUACAUGAACCAGACAGCACAGUAUCCUAUGCAGAUGCAGAUGGGAAUGAUGGGGAGCCAGGCAUAUACCCAGCAGCCUAUGCAGCCAAACCCUCACGGAAACAUGAUGUACACUGGCCCCUCCCAUCACAGCUACAUGAAUGCUGCUGGCGUCCCCAAGCAGUCACUUAAUGGCCCUUACAUGAGAAGAUGAGCAAGAUGAACUUGCAGUUAAAACUUAAAUAUAUAUAUAAAUAAAGGAACAUUUUAUACUGACAAACCAGAGAAAAAUGGACCUUUUUUCCAGUUAAAAUAUUGGUGUAGACUUAGAGGAAAUUUUCUUUGGUUUAUUUUAUUUUUUAGAAAACUUGAUCUCUUUUUGGGUUCAAUUUUGUUUUGGGUUUUGGUUUUCUUCACAGUCUUGAACAUUUUACAGUAGAUAUUCAUCUAACAAUGGAUUUGGGGAUAGGAGAAACAUGCACAAAAUCUUUUCAUAAUUAAAGAGCCUUACUUUCUUUAUAUACCACAUGGACAGAAUUUGUGUAAAAGUGGAUUAUUGUUAUUUUAUUUUUAAAUGUAUGUUUCCCCUCACUGUUUGCAGCUCCCAGUGUUGUCAUUUUUAAAUGUUAUAUAUACAUCUCGAAGGUCAACCAGACCCUUUGCUCCAAGCCCAACCUUUCAUUUCCUACUCAUUCCAGCAGGAGGCACUUAGGGGAAACUAGGACAGGGACAUGGAGAGCAAGCCAAGCUCCUUCAACUUAAUGUCACUGUUAAGAUUAUUAUUACUAAAGUGAGGCAGGAAAAUGCUUCCCUCCACUCCCUUUACACACACAACUCUUGAAACCUUUCCCCAAGAAUGUUUCUUUCUAAACGGACUUCAUUGAAAUCUCUUUUCUUGAAUCAAGUGUAAUAUAAAUCUUUUUUAAAUAUUCCCUCAGCACUCAGAGACACAAAAAUACUGUAAGUCUCACUUAACAGCAGAAUCUCAGAGGAAAGCUGUUUGCAAUCCUAAUCCAGCCUUUGGAGAAAUACAGAUGGUUAAUUAACAAUCAAAAGGAGGAAAUAAGCCUCUUGUUUUUUUUACCACCUGGUGAAUCAGCCAUAACACACAUCCUCCACCCACCUCUUGUGUUUAGUAUGUACUUUGAAAUGCCAACUAAGGGUCGCCACGCUUCAUCUUUGACUGAUAAAUGCCUGUCACGUUCUUCCAUACAGUCUCUAGAGGAUGACUAGUCAGGACUUUAGAAAAUGCCUGACAACCUUCAACACUGUUACUUUAUGCUGGAGAGAGGAUGCAGAAUAUGUUCAAAGGGAGGUCAGAGUGUGAGUUUUAUGGCGACUUAAGUGAGACACACCUCUAACUUUCAUUGCUCUUGAGACCCUGAGUUCACCCUGUAAGACAGAGUGCGCCAGCCCCUCUCCUAUGAGUCACUCGUGAGCAGGAGAGACCACCACCAGCAUAGUAGGGCACAUCUGGACAGCAGGACUUCAGGAGGCUCAUAUGUUACUCCCAACCCAUUCUCUCUUCUCUUAGGCAACCUGUUCACCCAUUCUCUUCCUAUUACUCCAGGGAUAGGUAAAAAAUAUAUAUAUAUAUAUAUACAUAUAUAUAUAUGUACGUGUAUAUAUAUAUAUAUAUAUAUUUCCAUCAUUAGAAGAUGGAAACUAUUAUACCACUUGGUAUGUGCAGUCAAAUAUCCAAAAGGGGGAAAUACUGCUUAAAGAAAUACCUGUAAGCAUAAAUUCUCUCCUUUAUUUGUAUAUUUUAUAUAGAUAAAUUUUUAAAGUACUAAUUAGGCAUUAAAUUUUUUCAAAUGCACAAGUUUGUUGGUUUUUUUACACACUUUAAUCGGCUUUCUCAAUUAAGUGUGUUAGGUAGAAAGCAGAAUUUCACACCUUACCGCUGUCAACUCCAAGCAUGUGCAAGGCUGUGUAGGACCCAGUUUCUCUGUAUAUACUGUUGCAGUUCCCAAUCAUCCUGUAGAACGUGCACUGUGCUGCCCUCUCUACAUCUUCAGCUAUGUCAUUGCUUCCUGGAUGGGACGGG